AAGUUACGGAUCCCGUCUCACCGGAAGUGUCACCGCGGCAACCGGGGACGCAUCGAGGGUUCAGGGCCGGCCAUGGCGGGGCUUCCGCGUUGCGAACUGUGCGGGGCCCGAACGGCCCCGCUGCGCUGCCCCGGCUGCCGCCUCACCUACUACUGUGAUGUCUCCCACCAGAGAACCGACUGGAUCAGCAUCCAUGGCCAUAUCUGCCACCUGCUCAUCCCAGUCCUUGGGCCCCAGCCCUGUUUCCAUUCUGAAAAAGACAGAAAACAUGGCAAGGAGCAGCUGCUGAGGAGACAGGAAUCCCUCAUUGCUGUGGCAUUGAGCACAGCCCAGGGGUUUGUGUGGGCAGGGAAGCCCCUGGAAGCAAUUCCUGCAGCACUACAAGCACUGCGCUUCAGCUCCCGAGUGUUUGGCUCUGGCUCUGUGCAGCUUGUACCCAUUUAUCUGCUCCUGGCUGAGGCCUCCACAGGCACUGGCCGUCUCCGACAGGCAGCCAAAUAUCUCUCCCAAGCCCAGUGGAUCAUCCUCCAAACCCCAGACUGCAGUGCUGCUCUUCAGUCUAAGUUACACCAUGGGCUUGGGCUUUUCUCUGUUGCUGAAGGAAACCUGGACGAGGCUUUGUAUCACCUGGCCAAUGAUGUUUACCUGGCUACUGCUGAGUUUGGAUUAAAUUCUCUUGAGGUCUCUGGAGGGUACUUCCACAUGGCAAACAUUUUCUUCCACCAGAAUAAAAUGGAUGCAGCAAACUCACUCUAUACUGAGGUGAGCAGCCUCUGGCAUGACUGGCUGCUGAGCUCCCUUCAAAGGCACCAGCGAGUGCUCCGGGCCCAGGCAGAAGCAUCACCGUUCUCUGAGGAUGAGGAAGGCAUCAAGGAUGGGAUGACCGAAGCCCGGUGCAAGGAAGGAACGCGGGUGCUGUGGGCGGUGCUGAAGGUCCGGGAACAGGGACCACUGCAGCAUCCUGGGGAAACAGCCAGAGUGCUGCAUGCCCUGGCCAUGAUCCACUACCUGGCCCUGGAUUUAGCCAAGAAAGCCACGACUUGGGAGUGUUUGGGAGACACAAAUUUGAAUUUGUUUGAAAAAGAAAAAAGACAAAGCUUUAUAAUUGUGAGACUGUCUAAUCCCUGGAAGUACUACCAUAUUUAGUUCCUUAUCAAUAGAAAUUAAGGACUUAGUUCAGUUGUUUUUUUUUUCCUGACAAAGCUUUGGGAUUGUUCAGAAGAGCUGUGUUGGACAGGAGGUGAUGUCCAGUACAGGGGGCUGGGGGCAGUAAUCUCCUGUCUGUACCACUGGAUCCUAAAUAUGGGAUCUGCUGGCAGCUUUAGGCUCUCCUGUAAAGCAGCUUGUACAGGUCACCUCAGAAAGGGAGCCUGGAUCCGCUCCAAGCUGCUCCCACACUGAGCCUCAGCAGAUAUUUAACCACCCCAUGAGAAAAGCCAGACUGCUGACAAUUCCUGGGUGUUUCUUCUGUCCUA